AGAGCAAAGCAAUUACAGCCCAAUACAAAUGUCAUUAGUGCCUCGAUCAGAGCAAGAGCGAUUGCCGUACAAGUGGGGGAAUCGUAGCCUCCGGCAAACCAGAACUCAGGCUCCAACCAUGACAACUCAAUACAAGGAGGAGAUUUGCGAUAGAUCCGAGUGCAAAAGUAAAUCUCCAACUUUGCUCUCCUCUUACUGCAUCGACAGUAUUCUGGGCAGAAGGAGCCCAUGUAAAAUUAGAUGUAUUGGAGCUCAAGCGUUGCCGCUUCUCACAGCCAGGAAUGAACCGAACCCAGCCAGUGAAGGAUCGCCCAAGGAAAACGUGUCUUUUGACUCUGAGCUCCAUCUCCCCCCGAAAUUCCGAAGACUGUACGGGCUGGGAGGUAAAAUCUUUGACGCUCGGGGAUUUAACGAGAUUGCUAACGAGAAAUUGGAGAGAGACAGAUCCUCCGAACCGUUCCGAAACACCGAUCUGAAAAUCAGCCAGGCCCCGCAAGUCAGCAUCAGCCGCAGUAAAUCCUACAAAGAAAACUUCAGCCUGGGCAAAACGCAAGGGGACAGCGCGCAGAACCUGGUCCCUGCUCCAGAACUCAGCUCGCUGGAACCCGCUGACAAGUCGUUCGAAGGAGAUGCGAAAGAGGACGCGGUUGAAGACGACUUGAGCCCCAAACUUGUGGAGGAGGCUCAGACAGACGUGGAUGUGAAGGAUGGGGAGGACAGUCUGUGUCUAUCAGCCGGUAGUGACUCUGAAGAAGGUAUGUUAAAAAGGAAACAGCGGCGAUAUCGGACUACAUUCACCAGCUACCAGCUUGAAGAACUAGAGAGAGCUUUUCAGAAAACACACUACCCUGACGUCUUCACCAGGGAAGAGCUGGCGAUGCGGCUAGAUUUAACGGAAGCACGCGUGCAAGUUUGGUUUCAGAACCGCAGAGCUAAGUGGCGAAAGCGAGAGAAAGCCGGAGCUCAGAGCCACCCAGGAGGUCUGCCCUUCGCUAGCCCGUUGGGAGCGGGACAUCCGCUGGGACCUUACCUGGACAGCAGUCCCUUCGGACACCACCCGAGCCUGGAGUCAGCCUGGUCAGCUGCCGCCGCCGCCGCAGCCGCCGCAGCCGCAGCCUUCCCGGGGCUUCCACCUCCACCAGGCACCGCUGCUUUGCCCCCCAGCGGGGCCCCGUUAGGCCUCGGCACCUUCCUGGGAGCAGCCAUGUUCAGACAUCCUUUCAUCACCCCGCACUUCGGCAGACGUGCGGUUUCGGUGCCAAUACAACUUCAAUGGGAUUCUGUCAAUUCCUGUCCAUCCCCUAUUCAGAGAGUUGGCUAAACAGUUGGGUUAAACUUCUAUUAGUUGGACAGCAGCAACUGUACGGUGAGCAACACAACUCAUCAGAAAGUAGGUGAGUUGAUCCGUAUAAUUUUUACUGACUGUACCAUGCAGACAUACCAUACAUCACGGCCUUUUCCAUUUGAGAGUCACGGAGCUGCAGCACCAACAAAGUUGACAUCAAAACACGGACACAUACAUGUGCUAAUAUACCUGCUGGAUAGCCUCACGGUUCCCCAUUACCCAUGUAAGGUAGGAGGAGCCAUGGUAAGGGAACCUGUGCUCUGUCCAAUCUUUCGCUAAUUUAACCAUUCAAGUCCAGUGUGUACACUAAUUGUGGAAAAUUAAAAUGAUCACAAAUUCUAAGUAAGGCGAUGGCGACGGCUAAUCUACCGUGUCCUAUCACCAAAGCAAUUUAGCAAAUUGUCGAUGUCAUUCUUGAUUUUAUGAGGUCAGAAGUCACACGACACCAGGUUAUCGUCCAUCUGACUAAAGAGUGACGCUCUGAAGACUUUGGAUUUCAAAGAAACCUUUUGGACUAUAACCUGGUGUCGUAUGACUUCUGACCUUGUCCACGUCAGUCCAACACUGGCACCUACACAUCUUGAUGUUAUUAAUAAGCCCUUGUAUAUUAUUCAUUCUUAAAGUAAUGUGUUUGGUUUUCAUAAAAUAUUCAGACAAGGAAAUAUAAAGUAUUAAUUAUUUCAGUCAAGGUGCAAAAGUUUUGGCUGUGGGAAUUGAAAGUUGCCCCUUGUUUUGUAAGAACUAUCACCCGAGAAGGAAAGCUGAACGAUGCCCUUUCAAGGGGAACGGACAUGAAAGAUGUCAUUGCCACUCCCAAAAAGGGGAAAUCAAUGGUUACGCAGGCAAAAUAUGCCCUGAUUUCACUGUGUAUUGCUGCACUUGUAAAGUUUCUGUUUGAGAUUAUGCUUGCUGUUACCUAAGCUGUGAAGUAACCUAACAGCAACUUAGAAUCAGCAAAGAAGCAAUAGCGUUGUAUCACAAAGUUGUGGUGUACCAAUUAGCUCAAUAAUAUGAACAGGUACAGCAUUUCCAAACCCCUUGCUGAACGAUGGCUUCAGUGUCUGUGCCAACAUACAAUGGGGUCAAAUGCACAGAACUGAAUGUGAAUGAUCGAGGACGGGCAUUUUUGGAAGAGAAGCCGCAAUGAAUUAAACACUAACACGAAAGCAAAAUAUUGCGGGUGCUGGAAAUCUGAAAUAAAAGGAGAGAGAGAAGGAGGGAAUGUGGGAUAUCCCCAUGAAGUCUGGGAGUAGCUGUAGAGUGAGAAAGAGAGUUACCGUUUCAGGUUCGACCUUCUGGAGUAUUGUCCUUUGCAGCAGCAAGAGAACGUGCAGAAUUCUGCCGGUGAUGCCAGACUCCGAAUAAUGACAUCCUAGCUGAACUUUUUUCUUUGAUCAUGCUAGCUGGGACAAUGACGGAUUAUCAGUGUUUACUUCCUGAGUUAGAUUACACGAAACCGUAGUUGUCCAAGUGGUUUCACCGGGCAGUUGUGAUCCAUUCACGUCCCCACAAUAUUACCGCUAAUAAUGGGGUUCAACUCCAUUACACGCCGAGCAUACACAUUGACAAAACAGGCAACUUCCCGCCGUACACUGAUUACUUUAAGACGAGUUCUUAUAUUGGGUAGGCUUCCUCUUACAUGAACACUAAUUAGAUAGUCCGACCUGUAAUGUGGAAGUCUGAUAUAAUGUGAGUGCGGUGUUACUUGACCCAUUGUGUAGACUAAUAUUCCCCAACCACACCCCGAUCAAUGAAGCCUUUAUAUUCAUUGGUAUCCCACCCGUCACCAAAUCAGCUGAUCGUAUUUGACGCUAAACUCUUUCCCGUAUUAUAAUGUCGAAAAUCCUUGUCUGUUGCAGGCUCUUCUCGACAGUAGCUCCGCUGACAGGCGCCUCUGGGCCUGCCCUGCUGAGACAGUCGGCCCCGGGGGUAGAAGGGGGAGUGCAGGCCGGC